GUUGCUUUUGAUUUCAGUGACACUGCUGUCCAUUUAUUCAAUAAAUCUCUUGUUAACAUGUGCAAAGGAAACAGGCUGCAUGGUUUAUGAAAAACUUGGAGAACAAGUCUUUGGCACUCCAGGAAAGAUUAUUGUUUUUGGAUCUACAUCUCUUCAGAACACUGGAGCUAUGUUGAGCUACCUCUUUAUAGUUAAAAAUGAGCUACCUGCUGCCAUAAAGUUCCUUAUGGGAAAAGACGACGCGUUUGUAGCCUGGUAUGUGGAUGGGCGAUUUCUGGUCGUAGCUGUGACCUUUUUAAUAAUUCUUCCCUUAUGCCUGCUGAAGAAUUUAGGCUAUCUUGGCUAUACUAGUGGAUUUUCCCUGACAUGCAUGGUAUUUUUUCUCAUAGUGGUUAUAUACAAGAAAUUUGAGCUUUCCUGUCCUUUUCUGGACAGAAAUGGAACAAAUGCUACCUUUCCCAAUGUUAGCUUUGGCACUGAGGCGUGCAGACCAAAGUAUGUUACAUUUAAUUCUAAGAGUGUAUAUGCUUUGCCUACUAUUGCAUUUGCAUUUGUGUGCCAUCCAUCAGUCCUUCCAAUCUACAGUGAGCUUAAAGAUCAUUCCCAGAAAAGAAUGCAGAUGGUUACAAAAAUCUCUUUCUUUGCCAUGUUUGUCAUGUACUUCUUAACUGCUAUUUUUGGCUACUUGACAUUUUAUGAACUUGUACAGUCAGAUUUGCUUCACAAAUACCAGAAUAAAGAUGACAUCCUUGUCUUAACUGUUCGUGUUGCCGUCAUUGUUGCAGUCAUACUCACAGUCCCCGUGUUGUUUUUCACUGUUCGCUCAUCUAUAUUUGAGCUUGCUAGAAAGACCAAAUUCCAUUUAUGCCGUCACAUUGUGGUUACGUUGAUCCUUUUGAUGAUCAUUAACCUGCUGGUUAUUUUUAUACCUUCCAUGAAGGAUAUUUUUGGAGUUGUAGGAGCAACAUCUGCCAAUAUGUUGAUUUUUAUUCUUCCAUCUUCUCUCUAUUUGAAAAUCACCCACCAAGAUGGUUCAAAACUGAUUCAGAGAAUUUGGGCUUCCCUCUUUUUGGCAUUAGGAAUUUUAUUUUCCAUGGUGAGCAUUCCUCUUGUCAUCUAUGAUUGGGUGCAUUCAAGACAUACCACUGAAGGUCAGUGAGACACCAAGAAGAACACAUUAUAUCCUUGCUGUUCACAAAAAUCACCAGUCACCCAUUUUGCCAAUAUGUCCUACUCAUCAUAAAGUUCCUCUGUUAAACAAACAAACAAAAAUUAAAUAAUCAUCGCUGCAUAUUUUUCUGCAGGAGACAGUUGUUUAAUUUGUAAUUUUUGCUCAGUAUUAUUACAGUGGCCAGGACAAUUUCACAGACCCCAUUGGUCACGGGUCUUCUGUUUGCAGUAAAUAGUAAUAAAAUAGCUGAAGAAUACUUUCUACUCCUUCAUACACUUG